GCAGACAGACACACAGCAGCAGGGCUGAACUGCCUCUGGAUCUGGAUGCGGGCAUCCUUGGAUUUUGCUCUUAGCACGGGCCCCACAGCACGAAAACUUAACGGGACAACAAUGGUGCUCGCCUCGGCGGCUGAAUCCGUGGCUGCUGGUCCUUCAGGGGUCCGGGAAAUGUGGUCAAUGUGACAUUCACUUGCACGCUGGUGUUGAGUUUAUUGUUCUGGUCCUGUAGACGCAGAGCGGCGAUAUCUGGGAGAGAAGAUGUUGAGCCGAUUUAUGAGUGGCAGCGUCAGGAAUCUUGAGCGGGAGUACAGCUGCACGGUCAGGCUGCUGGACGAUACGGAAUAUACGUGCACCAUUCAGCGGGACGCAAAGGGACAGUAUCUGUUUGACCUCAUCUGCCAUCACCUAAACUUACUGGAAAAAGACUAUUUUGGCAUCAGAUAUGUGGAUCCAGACAAGCAGCGUCACUGGUUGGAGUUCACAAAGUCAAUUGCAAAGCAAAUGAAAUCUCAGCCUCCGUUCACCAUGUGUCUGAGAGUUAAGUUCUACCCUCCUGAUCCUGCUGCUCUCAAGGAGGAAAUCACCCGAUAUCUUGUCUUCCUGCAACUCAAGAGAGACCUCUAUCACGGUCGGCUCCUGUGCAAAACCUCGGAUGCGGCCAUGCUAGCUGCCUACAUCCUUCAAGCUGAGAUUGGUGAUUACGACCCUGGGAAGCAUCCAGAAGGUUAUAGCUCCAAGUUCCAGUUCUUUCCUAAACAUUCAGAGAAGCUGGAGCGAAGGAUUGCAGACAUACACAAGACGGAGUUGAUCGGCCAGACACCUGAAACAUCAGAGCGAAAUUUCCUGCAGAAAGCCCAGAUGCUGGAGACAUAUGGUGUUGAUCCGCAUCCGUGCAAGGAUGUGUCUGGGAACCCUGCUUUUCUCGCCUUCACACCGUUUGGUUUUGUGGUGCUUCAGGGGAACAAGAGAGUCCAUUUUCUCAAAUGGAACGAGGUGACCAAACUCAAGUUUGAAGGCAAGACUUUUCACAUAUAUGCAAAUCAGAAGGAGGACAAAAAGAUCAUCUUGACAUACUUUGCACCCACACCGGAGGCAUGCAAGCAUCUUUGGAAGUGUGGAGUAGAGAAUCAAGCUUUCUACAAGCUUGAGAAGUCAAGUCAGGUUCGCACUGUGUCCAGCAGCAACCUAUUCUUCAAGGGCAGCCGUUUCCGCUACAGUGGGCGAGUGGCAAAAGAGGUGAUGGAGCAGAGUGCCAAAAUCAAACGCGAACCUCCAGAAAUACACAGGGCUGGCCUCGUGCCCAGCAGAAGUUGUCCAUCCAUCACCCACGGUCCUCGGCUCAGCAGUGUACCGCGCACGCGUCGGAGAGCUGUGCACAUUUCUAUCAUGGAGGGUCUGGAGUCCUUGCGUGACAGUGCCCACUCUACACCGGUGCGUUCAGUGUCCCACGGAGAAUCCUUUAUACCACGGUCCCGGAGCCAGGUCGCAGAUGAAGGGAUGGCGGUCAUCUCGGACGAGGCCUACAGCCCCUCAGACAGCGUCCUGCCCACCCCGGUGGCCGAGCACAGCAUGGAACUUGCUGCAUCGCGCCAAAUCAAUGGAGCGCCUUGCAGCAUUGAGGAGGAGAAGGAGUCGGAGGCGGGCACCCCCAUGCAGGGGGAGCGGGGUGAUUUUGGUGCGGACGGUAGAUCUGCACAAGAGGGCGCAGGGGGGGACUCAGCCCUCAGCGAGGUGGAACAGGUGAAUAAGUUUGUCUUAAGUGUCCUCCGUUUGCUCCUUGUGACCAUUGGACUCCUCUUUGUGUUGCUCCUCCUUCUCAUCAUCCUCACCGAGUCAGACCUUGACAUUGCAUUUUUAAGUGAUAUCCGCCAGACCCCCGAAUUUGAGCAGUUCCAUUACGAAUACUUUUGUCCCCUCAGGCGGUGGUUUGCCUGCAAGCUCCGCUGGGUGGGCGGGUUGCUCAUUAACAAGUGAGAGUGAGGUCGUAGAGUCCGUAAGCCUGUUCGGGGGGUCUGACAAGACGGUUAGGACUCCGGAGUGAUGGAGGGCAGCCUCGUCCCAACCAUGAACCCUGCUUCUCUCAUCCUCCUCCUGCAGACAUACAGCUUGGACCACUCCUGGUAACACCGGGCCAGGAUCUCUCUCCCCCUCCUCCACAUUGAGUUGCCCCCCUACCCACCUACCCACCCACCUCCU